CUGAAACCAGCUUGACUUUACCUUUCUUCUAUGCAUUCCACCUCUCCAACAAGUCCAUACCCAAUUUCACACACACACACACACACACACACACACACACACAUCUUCUCUCUCCACCUCUCACUUUCUCUCUCUAAAACCCCCCAUCACUGUUCCUUUUCACUCCAGAGGUACCCUCUAAACCCAAUCAAACCCCCAAAUUGCUCAAAUUCAUACUUUUUGGGCCAUUUUCUUAACACUAUGCUACCUGUUUUUGUUCUUUCAAUCUUCCUAAUUCUAUGCAACUCCCACUUCAUAGUCCACAUAACUUGUUUAAACAAUGAAGGUUCAACUCUUCUAAAAUUCAAACAGUCAAUCACACAAGACCCACAAGGUUCUUUAACCAACUGGAACCAAUCCGAUGAAACCCCUUGUUCAUGGAAUGGCAUUGCAUGCAAACAACAAAAGGUCAUCUCUGUUAGCAUCCCCAAACAGAAGCUUUCAGGGUCCAUAUCCCCUGUUCUCGCCUCCCUUUCUGAGCUCAGACACCUUAACUUGAGGAACAAUAAGUUCACAGGUGUGUUGCCUGUUGAUCUUUUCAAAGCUCAAAAGCUUCAAAGCUUGGUGCUUUAUGGUAAUUCCUUAUCUGGGUCAGUCCCAUUUGAAGUUGGUAACCUUGUUUACCUUCAAACCCUGGAUUUAUCAAGUAAUUUGUUUAAUGGGUCAAUACCCAUUUCACUGGGUGAAUGUAAGAGGUUAAAGAAUCUUGAUCUGGGUCAGAAUAAUCUUACUGGGUUAAUCCCAGAUGGGUUUUUGUCUAAUUUGAGUUUUCUUGAAAAACUUGAUCUUUCUUUCAAUAAAUUCACCGGCCCAAUCCCUAAAGAUUUGGGGAAUUUGUCUAAUUUAGAAGGAACUGUUGAUUUAUCUCAUAAUAUGUUUAAUGGGUCUAUCCCAGCUGGCCUUGGUAAUCUGCCAGAAAAGGUUUACAUUGAUCUUACUUACAAUAACUUAACCGGCCCGAUUCCGCAAACCGGUGCUCUGGUUAACCGCGGGCCGACCGCUUUUAUUGGAAACCCGGGCUUAUGCGGCCCGCCGUUGAAAACCGUUUGUAAUCCGAAUGACGCGAGCUCGAGCUCGCCAGCUUCGAUUCCGAACAUGCCUAACAACGGUUCGGAGACCCAACGAACGGGCCGGAAAGGGUUGAGUAAACGGGCUAUAGUCGCGAUUAUCGUUGGUGAUGUAAUCGGGAUUUGCUUGAUCGGUUUAGUUCUCUCGUAUUGUUAUUCGAGAGCUUGUGUUUGUGGCGAAAAGAAUCGCGGGUAUGAGAAAGGAAGCGGUCAGGGGCGAAACGAGUGUUUGUGUUUUAGUGUUGAUGAGUCGGAAACGUUAUCCGAACAUGUCGAACAGUAUGAUCUUGUGGCGUUAGAUUCGCAAUUGGGGUUUGAUUUGGAUGAAUUAUUGAAGGCUUCGGCUUUUGUGUUGGGGAAGAGUGGAAUUGGGAUUGUUUAUAAGGUUGUGCUUGAAGAUGGGCUUACUUUGGCUGUUAGAAGAUUAGGUGAAGGCGGUUCGCAACGGUUUAAAGAGUUUCAAACCGAAGUUGAAGCGAUCGGGAAAAUAAGACAUCCGAAUAUUGUAACCUUACGGGCUUAUUAUUGGUCGGUGGACGAGAAGUUGCUCAUCUAUGAUUAUGUCCCGAAUGGCAAUCUUGGCACCGCGAUUCACGGGAAGCCCGGUGUGACGUCUUUCGUGCCACUUUCUUGGCCCGUGCGGUUGAAGAUAAUGAGAGGAACCGCGAAAGGUCUAGCCUAUCUACACGAAUGCAGCCCGAAAAAGUAUGUCCAUGGUGACUUAAAACCGUCAAACAUUUUACUCGGUCUAAACAUGGAGGCCGAAAUCUCCGAUUUCGGCCUUAGCCGUCUAGCUAACAUAGCCGGUGGCAGCACGCCGACGCUUCAAUCCAACCGAGUGGUCUCAGAAGGUGCCACCACAAUCGCGACCGCCACGUCAGCGUCAGCUUCAAUCACUCCCGCUUCUCAAUAUCAAGCACCGGAAGCUUUCAAAGUGGUGAAACCGUCACAAAAGUGGGAUGUUUUCUCGUUCGGUGUCGUUUUACUAGAAAUGAUCACCGGAAAAACGCCGGUUGUGCAAGUCGGCGGCCUAGAGGAGAUGGAUCUUGUGCGUUGGAUGCAGUUGUGUAUCGAUGAAAAGAAACCGCUUUCGGAUGUUUUGGAUCCGGGGUUGGAACCGGAUGUGGAUAAAGAAGAAGAGAUCAUCGCGGUUUUGAAGGUUGCGAUCGCGUGCACUCAAAGUAACCCGGAAAGAAGACCAUCUAUGAAACAUGUUGCUGAUAUUUUGGACAGAUUAAGCCAAGAGUGAAUGAAACUGAGCUCACUAAUGGUUUGAAAACGUUGAGAACAAAGAGUUCUAAACAAGGUUAAAGUAUUGGGUUGGUUUUGGCAUGCUUGGAUAGUUGAAGGGUGUGGGAUGUAAAUCUGAUGAGAGGCUUUAUUUUUAUUUUAUUUCUAUGUUUUUUUUGUUGUUCUUUUUAUCGACCAGUUGGAUUUUAAUUCUUUAAUUUUAAUGUAUAUUUUUAUGAAACGUAAUGAUGUCAAAAUAUAUUCUGUUUCAAAA